UACUAAAACGAGGCUCAGAACGCAAACAGCUGUCCCCGCUUCCGUGGUGACGUGUACCCCGAGCAGCACACCAAUCAGGGCGGCGCUUGCUUGUGCAGCGUCGUUGUCCUAUGGCAGGUGGCGUUGGUGCUGUGCUGCGGCUUGUCAGGAAGAAGAGCUGGAGGGGAGACAUGACCGGGGCUCCGGGAGAAGAGGAGGAGUGAGGUUAACCGAGCGUGGGCGGCUUUCGUGGUGCCAGACCUCAUGUCAUUGAGCCAGAUGCUGUACAUUUCCAGGAUGGCUAACAAGUCCUAUUGAAAGAGAUCUAAGGAUCCCAUAGAAUGACGCCAAAUGCAUUUCAGGCAUGAAACCCACCACCUGCCACUGCUCUCUGUAAAAAACUGAUUUCCUUGUAACUCAGUGAGAGAGCAGUGGACGUGGUAAGAAGAUGCUGGGAUCUGAACGCGGAGUAGUGGAAGAAUGGCUCUCGGAAUACAAGGUAUUACCUGAAACUCAGCUCACCGCUUAUGCUGCAACUCUUCAUCGUAAGAAAACUCUAGUGUCUGCUCUGUAUAAAGUCAUUCAAGACCCAAAUAAUGAGCUUCUGGAACCAAUCUGCCACCAGCUUUUUGAGCUCUAUCGCAGCUCAGAAGUACGACUGAAGAGGUUUACCAUGCAAUUCCUGCCAGAGUUGAUAUCCAUCUACCUACGCCUCACUGCCAGUCGUGAUCGGCAGAGCAACGGCUGUAUUGAAGCUCUUUUGCUGGGAAUUUACAAUCUGGAAAUUGCUGACAAAGAUGGAAACAAUAAAGUACUGUCAUUUACAAUACCAUCAUUAUCAAAGCCUUCAAUAUAUCAUGAGCCAUCAGCAUUAGGGUCUAUGGCUCUGACGGAAGGAGCUUUGAGUCAGCAUGAUCUCAUCAGGGUUGUUUACAGUGAUCUGCACCCCCAAAGAGAAACCUUUACAGCACAAAACAGGUUUGACGUACUGACCUUUCUCAUGUUGUGCUACAACUCUGCUAUUGUGUACAUGCCGCCUUCCUCCUACCAGUCACUAUGCAGAAUGGGUUCUAGACUGUGUGUUGGUGGCUUCCCGCGGCAGCAUGAGAAGCGCUGGAAAGAGAUGUGUGGUCGUGUUGUGCUGGAUCCUGGCUUCAUGGUCCAACUACUCACUGGUAUCUAUCAUGCAAUAUACAAUGGAGAAUGGGACCUUGGGCAGGAGGUUCUUGAUGACAUCAUCUAUCGGGCCCAGCUGGAGCUCUACUCUCAGCCCCUAUUGGUUGCAAAUGCUAUGAAAAAUUCCCUGCCGUUUGAUGCUCCGGACUCAUCACAACAAGGGCAGAAAGUAUUGAAAGUUGAAGUGACGCCAACAGUCCCCCGUAUCUCUCGAACGGCCAUCACCACAGCUUCUAUACGUAGACAUCGCUGGAGGAGAGAGGAUGGUUUUGACCUUACAACCGACUCGAAUCCGGCCUCCCCGAUCUUGCACAUCACUCCAAGCCUAGGGGAUACUCGUGAGGGGGAUGUUCUUGUGUACCUGACACCCGAGACCAUCUCUCCAGCUGCUACUGAGGGACCUGAAGGCACCUUUACUGGAGAGGACUCCAUUAAUCUUAAUGAUGCAGAUGAAGGUUUCUCAUCAGGGGCCUCGGUUAGUAGCCAGCCUGUUGGAGCCAAACAAGCUUCAUCUUCAUCUUCAUCCCAAAGAAGUGGUUCAAGAAAAGGAGGCAGCGUUCGAUCAAUCAAAGAGAAGGAGCAACCUAGUCCAUCAAAGCCUAAUGAAAGUCGGGAGAGCACACCAAGGAAACAGCCUGUUUCCACAACUGCAGAUACUUUACUUGAAGCAAUUGAGCUAUCACCUUUGAAAAAGCACCUAAGCCUCCCAGCAGGCCAUGUGGUUGCAAAAGCAAAUAGUCUUAGUCUGAUCCGAACCGCCAGCACUUCAUCCAGUAAAUCUUUCGACUAUGUUAAUGGCAGUCAGGCAGGUGGAAGUGGUGGAAUAGAUGGAGUGACAAACCUUUCCACUUGCAACACCAACCGCUUUUCAACAAUAAGCUUACAAGAGGACCGAUUAGGCCAAGCAGGAGAGGGCAAAGACCUAUUAUCUGCUGGUGCCCCGUUGACCAAACAGUCUCGAUCCCCAAGUUUCAAUAUGCAGUUAAUUUCCCAAGUGUAGGUUCCCUACUGUCUUUUAGAAACUGUGCAGCUUUGCAUAGGAAGAGAGAGUUUUGUUAUCAUUAAGUUCCCACUCCUUUUGAUUUCCCUCAAAUAAUUAUGUUCAAGCAAAGCAAGAGCAAUACAAAUUACUGUCCCCAAAUUCUUGAUCCCUGUUCGACAUACAAGCAGUUUUUCUUGUCCAAACUCCUAGCCUUUUCUUCCCUUUCUGGGUGAAGUGCAAUUUAGGAAAAAUCCCCUUUCAUCACUGUGAGUCCACAAUGAAUUUCUGCCGGAGAGAGGGUCAACUUCAAGGAUGUUUUUGGAAUAUGCUUAUAGCUUGCACUCAAGUUACAUGAUGUCUUUAUCCACCACAUGUCCAUGUGACUUACUUUAAAUGUCAGUGGACCAUUUAGUUUGUGAAAUUAGUUUAUCAAUAACCCAGGUUACAUCUGUCUGUUUACUGUGGCUCUGGACAAUCCCAUUUCCUGCUUCCUUCUCGUAAUCUUCAGCAAACAUGUACUUUAGUAGAUAGCAUUUAUCAUCUGUUGACAACAGAUACAUUCUGAUUUCGGUUUGUUUCAUUUUCCAUUUCCCAACAUCUACGUCUUCCCUUUUUCCACAAUGUGUGGGGUUUGUCUGACCUAAGGAUUUAAACUUGGACAAAAAAAAAACCUAGAUGAAAACCAGAUUCUUGUCUUUUAAGGAUGUUCGCUUUACCUACUGGCUAA